CACCUUCGGUACUAUAAAUACUAGCAAUGAUACCGGGCGACAUAUUUGUGCAAGUGUUUCGUAUAUUACUUUUAAUGCUUGUUUGUCAUGGCUCGAACUAAACAAACUGCUCGCAAGUCAACUGGUGGCAAGGCGCCGCGCAAGCAGCUGGCUACCAAGGCGGCCCGCAAGAGCGCGCCGGCUACGGGCGGCGUGAAGAAGCCUCACCGCUACCGGCCCGGCACGGUGGCCCUGCGCGAGAUCCGCCGCUACCAGAAGUCCACGGAGCUGCUGAUCCGUAAACUGCCGUUUCAGCGUCUCGUGCGCGAGAUUGCCCAGGACUUCAAAACAGACCUCCGGUUUCAGAGCUCAGCCGUGAUGGCACUGCAGGAGGCAUGCGAAGCCUAUCUCGUGGGUCUUUUCGAGGAUACCAAUCUGUGCGCCAUCCACGCCAAGCGCGUCACCAUUAUGCCAAAGGACAUCCAGUUAGCGCGCCGGAUCCGUGGAGAGCGAGCAUAAUUACACUACCGUUUUUCUUUGAAAUCUCAACCAAAGGCUCUUUUCAGAGCCACCCACAUUUUCAAGUAAAGUGGCUGUAAGAAACUA